AAGAAUUUAAUUUUAUUAUAUUUGUAUAUUUUACACUUAAAACGCAUUUUCGUUCAAAUAAUACACAAGCAAAUGUAUUUUAAUGUGGAAUUUUUAAUUACUCAAAGUUUAAAACUUAUGUGAAAAAUGAUGAAUACUGAAAACUAUUAGUUUGAUUAUCUAAUUACUGUAAAGUGUAUAUCCUUAAAAAUGUGAAAUAAUGUGUGGAAAAAAUUUCGCGUUUUUGUGUUGUGGACUUAUUCUUCUCGUCACUUCGUCAUCAAAAUCACAGCCAAACAUCAACAAAGUGAGAGAUGAUAAUUUGAGGGUACAAUUCGAGGUUAACACAGAAUCUAGAACAAUUUAUACCGACGAAAUAAAAGCAAGACGAUAUGAUUUAUACGAAAAAUUUACCAACAAUACGCAAUAUGAAACACAGAACAAACUUCGUACUACAUCCAGGAAUAACGAUUGCAAGAAUGUUGAUUCAAGGCAAUAUAAACUAGACACGCGUUUUAUACAUAAUCAUGAGAAUGAUGAGGAAAUAGCAAUAAAAUCUCACGCGAAUUCAAUAAAUCCUAAAAUAAACUUUACGUUACAAGAAACUUAUAAAAACUUGAUUGAAAAGAAUAAUUCCAUGUCACAUGAAGUCUUUGAAAAUUUCAGCAAUGAUAAUACUGAAAGUAACAUCGUCCCAUAUGAAAUGUGUCACAAUAAUAUUUGCAUUCUACUCUGCUGUCCUCUUGGUGAUCGUCUUAUUGACGACAAAUGCAUUUCCAAGAAAUCUAAAUAUCUUUUCCCGAACGUGUACGAAUACACGAACGAUUUAAUUCAUAGCGUAAAUAUAACAGUAGACGAAUUAUUUCAGUUGUCCGUCUACGAUUCGUGCCUGGAAAAGAAUCACUCUGUGCCUUCCGAUGGUCAAUAUGAUUAUAUGAUUUUUGCCAAUGGUUCUAUAUAUUUAUCUUAUUAUAAAAUAUUUACUAAAUUGACAUCAUAUUGUAUCGCCGUCAUGGACAGAGAUACAUUCGAAGUGAUCAUCUGCUCAGAAACUUUAGAUGAGAUCAACAACGCGGUCAUAUCACAAAACGAUAAUGCCACCUUGAAUUUUGACGCAAUUAUACAUGCAAGCUUGCAUGUAGUGACUAUGCUAUUUUUGAUGCCAAUAUUUUUAGUGUAUUCCAUAUUGCCGGAGCUUCAAACUGUACAUGGCUUCAUGUUGCGCAAUUAUAGCGGUGCUUUGUCCGUUGCGUACAUGCUUCGUAUAGUUACUAUUAUCAUCAAAGCGAAUGAUAUACAGUAUCCCAUCUGUAUUACAAUUGCCUUCUUCGAUUACUUUUGUUUUUUAUCAAGUUACUUCUGGCUAACUACGAUAAGCUUUGAUAUGUGGUGGACCUUCAGGGAUCGAAAUAAAUGAUAAUCACAGGGAUUUAAAUUCAAUCAGAGGAAACCAAUUUCUGCCGAAUGAUCAAAGAGAUCAUGCAUAGUCAUGAAAGACAACACUCUUACGAUUGACCAAUUGAAUACUUUGGUCGAUUGUUGCUUUUAAUCGGUUCAAUUACGAGGAGUACACAUUAAUUGUUUGAUUUGUUGUAAAAGCUCGUAAAACAGGAUUUUUUCAAUCCCAUCAGAUACAAUGCAUGACAUUCUUCGAAUGAAGUUCUAUUUUCAAAAUCAAUAAUGUUUUUUUUAUCUUGUCUGCUCCCCCCCCCCUCUUCCACAACGUCUUUCAUACUAAGGCUGCUUUCCUUAAGAAAACACACAUCGACACAAGUUAACACACUUGAGCACAGUUUGUCACAGAUAAAUGAAACGAGUUAUGUACAGUAUGUACCGUAUGUGCACAAACUAAUACCUAACCUUUUUAUCACAUCAA